AUGAGUCUCUCCAACUUGACCAAGAAGACCCUCACAGUCUCCCGCGGCUUCACGUACACCUACCACGUUUCCCCCGCCCGCAAUCUCAAGCCAUCAAUCAUCCUCUUCCACGGCUGGCCCGACUCAGCCCAGCUCUGGUCCGGCCUGAUCAACCACUACCUUCUGCCACAGGGCUAUGGUAUAAUUGCCCCAGAUUGUCUCGGCUACGGGGGUACUUCCAAGCCCACCGACCCGGAAUCAUACUCCUGGAAGGACCUAGCAGCCGACGCCAUCGAAAUCCUCAAUGCAGAGCACCUAUCCUCUGUGAUCGCCGCGGGUCACGACUGGGGCAGCAGUCUAUCCCAAAGACUGUACAAUUUCCACCCGUCUCGUGUAUCGGGCGUGAUUACAAUCAAUGUGGCCUACAUGCCUCCGAUCGGACACUUCAGCCUAGACGCCAUGAACGAAAUGACCCGCCAACAAUACGGCUACGGUAUCCUGGAAUACUGGUACUUUUUCACGACCGAGGAAGGUGUUCAGACUAUGAACCAGAAUCUCGAGUCCGUGUAUUGCAUGGCAUACGGCCAUCCACGCACCUGGCUCGAGACGAUGACUGCGCCGGGCGGGGCUCGCAAGUUCGUUAGUGAGGGGCGCACUCAGCCGACGCUACCUUUUGCGACGGCCGAGCAUAAGGAGGAUUUUAUGGGUCGACUUGGGCAGGAUGGAGGAUUUGCGGCUCCGAAUUGUUGGUAUCGGGCGUAUGCGUUCGGUGUGCAGGAUGAGGCGGAUGACCAGGUACCUGAUGAGAAUAAGGUUAUUAGAGUGCCGGUGCUGUAUUGGGGUGGAGAUGGGGACGUUGUGGGUAGGCCUGAUAGACUACAACCGCCUAUUGAUGCCGAACUGUUGCCAGAUGUGAAGAGUAUUAUUCGGGAAGGGGGUCAUUGGGCAUUGCUUGAACGGCCGGAUGAAUUUGGGGAGGAUAUUGUGACAUGGCUACAGGAGAGAUUUGCUUAA